CGCGGACCGAAGUCGUGAGUAUGUAGUACCGCGGUGCGUCGCAGUGGUGCCCAGAAAUAUUUUCGUUAACCUCGGCAGCUUUGUCCGCACCACAGUCCUUUGCUGGCACGGGGCUCUUUCGAGUGGCUUCGAAGCGCCACAGCGCGGAACACUUCUCCACAACCCAGUCUUGUGCUGGACGCCGGCUUCGCAACAACUUUGUAUGCUCCAGAUUACUCGUCCCUCGAUUCUGCACGAUUCAACAAGGAUGGCCGCCCUCGUAGGAUGAGAAAUCACCGAAUCUGGGGGCAGAUUUCCCAGCACGAUGCGGAAUUAUGGCAGACAGCUGUGGCGGAAAAUGUAGAAAUCUGGCACAGGACGCACGAGCCACGCAUUUUAGCUUGGUAUCGGAGGCCCAAAGUGCGUCUGGAAGCUGACUGGUCUGAAAAGGCCAGAGGUGUCCAGGAGCAUUGGGGAAUGAGACUGGAGUCGCUCGCACGUCUACUGCAAGACGCCACAAUGUCGCUCUACCAGCAGCACAACGCCUCGACUCGCGCGGCCACGCCCAUUGCUAAAGCGCCGGCGGCUGCUGCAAUCUUUGCUGAGGUCACUCGGGUUGUCGAGGAGAUCAACGUACUGACCUACUCUCUCCUGGCGCAUGCUCUGAUUGGUCCGACUGUCCCUUGGCCGCUCUCCACUGCAAGCUCAGAUACAGAUCCCACCCGUGUAGAAUGGAAGACGGGGCUUUUGGAGCGUUGUGCCGGGGAAAGUUUGACCGCCAAUACUAGCAGGACUGGUGGUGAGGGACCCACGUCAAGCUUGUGGAACGCUGCCAUCCUAUCUACACAAAAGGCUCUCUGCUACAUGACGAUCGAGCUGUUCGACGAGACUCUGUCACGUCGAUUUGAGGCUGCACGUCCAGAAGCGCUGGAUGCCCAGAACACGCACGACGCUGGAUGGCUGCGUCGCUGGCGAGGUCGUCUGGACACGCUACGCUCUGAGCUCGAGUGGAGUUCGUGGGAUACUUGCCCUGAAACCUGCGGAGCAGAUUCCUUCUGCUACAUUCCAUCAUGGCCACUUUCGAUGUUCAUGUCGGCUGGCCCACCACCUGGCCCACCGCCCGACGAUCCCGGCCCCGGGGGUCCGAAUUCCCCGAGCGAUGGCGGCAGCGUUGGUGGAUGUGUCCAGCAUCGCGAUGGCGUGGAGUCACCGGAAAUGCACCACAAACACACAGCGCAGCAACAUAGCGGUAGACCCGGUGCUGAAAAAAGGCUCCCUCAUCACCCAGGCGCGCGAAAUGGCGUUCUCUUUUGGAGGCACCUGGUUCCGCGAUGGGCUCUCAAGAUGGCUACUUCGGAGCGCGGCCACCCUCAGAACAUGUACAAGGAACACGCUCAUUCGCAUCGACCCAUCUGGAAGGCGAAUGAAGAGCGCGAAGUGCCUGAUGGUGUAGAUAAGGACGAGUAUGAAGAAGAAGAGAGCGAGGAUGAGGACGACGACGAGGAAGAUCAGGAAGAGCCGGCUAGAUGCAUCGAUUGGAAGGAGUGGAGCACGCGUCACGCAUCCUUUUGAGCAGCCUGGGCGCGAGAGAGUGAACUUAUACCCACGCAUGUGCAGUGCUUUCAAUAUCAUUCAUG